AUGGAGUCGUCUCCUGCCCCUCCUACACCGCUCCGCAUCUCAAAGGGAUCUUCUACAUCACCACUCAAGAUGGCAGGCUCUUCUCUCCCGAGACCUUUAUCAGAAUUGGCGCCCCACGAGAGGAGGCGAAACAGCCCCAGCUACAAUUCCGCUACAAAGAAGAUGAUGCUCAAUGGGGAUAGCUCACCUUUUCAACCAUCACCGGAAGCCAGCAACUCGAGCCCUCGACUCUUCUGGCAAGGCCGCGACCCUACUACGCCGAAUCGAUUCAACAGCGAGAACUUCUUCGCAGGACGAGAGACAUCACCCUCACCCACCCGGCGAACAUCCAUCGAGCGCCUCCAGCGCGCGUCGCGUGUCAAGAACAGCAAUAUGUUCGCGCGUGAGCAGAAGCAAGAGUACGACCCUACAUCAAUUCCCGUCGUCGAGCGACCUCUGGCAAAACAGCUACAAGGAAACGCAUAUGGUGGAGCAGGCUUGGAUGGACUUCGGUCUGCAGAUCGCGGACGCCCUUUUAGCCACCAGAGAAACGACAGCAAGAGUAGCAUUCCAUUGUACAGUCCAAUUUCAAGUCCAAACAAAACCCCAAUGUCCACGAAUGCAAAUGGAUUACGCUCUCCCAGCAAAGACCAGGUCUCCCCAACCAAAUCUGCACUCUCCUCUCGCAUCUUCAAUGGAAAAUCUAGCUACGACUCAGAGAACGGUACUUGGCAAGAGGAUGCAUCAGGCGACGAACGACAACUUCCACCGGGCAAGAUCCUCCAUAGACAUGCCAAGAGCGUUACGUUCGAUGCUGCUCCUCCGCAAAUUAACGAGUAUGAAAUGACCACUCCGGAUUUAUCUUCUGUCGGGACUGGAUCGCGCGAGAACAGCUAUGAUUCUGGAGAGGAGGAAGACGAAGAUAGUUACAAUCGUGGAGAAUCUAUGGAGCAAGACGACAGCUUUGAUGCUUCACUCGAGGACACAGACAAGACUCCAGUUGUAGGACCGGAAGAUUGGAGACACACAAGUCCUGGCGAGCAUAAUACUGGUAUUAUGUCAGGACGCUUCGAGGAUCCAUUCAGUGGUCCAGAGGGUAGCCCCAUGCCUGAUGCACGACCAUCCUCUUCUGGUCGUCCAGCUGCCACUCGCAACGACUCUCUUAAUUCGAACGGCGAACACAGACCCCUCCCGCCUCUCCCUGGGAUGAAUCAACAUAAACGCAGUGGUUCAACCUCCUCCGUUGGCGUCUCAGCGGCUGCGGAGCGCGCCACAAGCUCGCAACGAAGCCUUCCUUCUCCACCAGCCGCCGCAUCCUUCAGCAAGUCUGAUAUUCAAGGAAUGAGUGGAGUAAAGAUGACAUUGGAGGAAAGACUUCAAUUGAUGAUGAUCCAGGAUGAGGAGAAACCAAAGACUGAGGCCGAGAAGCAACGUGAGCGCCGAAUGAGGCGUGGCGGACCACGUUCAGAUCGAAGCAGCCAAACCCCUGAGCGCGAGCGGGAACAGUCCAUCCAAAUCCACGAGGAUGAGGAUACUCUCGAUGAUCUUCCAGGUCUUGGCACAUAUCAACUACCAGAGCGAAUUUCGCGAGAGUCGAUUCUACGAAAGGUCAAUGGCCAGGAUCCAUUCUCGCGGGAGUCAGACUACAACUUUUCAUCACCAAUGCCGAGCUCAAGUCCUGAGCGGCCAGCAGCGCUUGAUCCAGAUACCCCUCUCCCUUCUACAGAAGAUUAUUCGGUCUUGGAGAACGAUGACAGUGUCAUUAUCAAGCGAGAGCCAGACGAUGAUGAGGCAGUAGAUGUAUAUUCGAUCCCUGACAUGUACCAGCGCCCCGACUCUCAGGCCGAGGCUGGUCAACAAGUCCCACCGGAGGAGGACGCAGAGAGCCAAUAUUCUGAUCCUACUCCAUCUAACCAAAGUCCACAACCCAACUCAAACAGCGGCCCCGAGGAUGAUGGCCCACUUACACCUCGUGCAAACAGCCCGCCUCAAACCUCCUUCCUGGUCGCUGAUCCAGUGAAGCAAGAUCAGCGCGGAUCUCUCCCUGAGUUCACUGGUUUUAUGAGCAACAGUGACUUCGGUCUUAGCUUGCAAUCGUACAUGACACCUUCACCUCCUCUGCCGAAGGAAAAGGUUGAAUUGAAGGCUGAAGCACCCAAGAUGGCACAAGCUCAUGAGUAUUUACAACGCCCAGAAACACCAGAAGAGCGCCAGCAGCCUGUUUCGAGACCUGAGUACGACGGAACUGGCUGGGGACCAGAGGAGGAUGAGGAGCAGUACGACGUCGGAACUCCAGACUCUGUUAUCCAUAAUCCAGUCCCACCUUCACCACCCCGUGAAUCUCCAACCAUCCCAGAAGCAGUUGCCACUAUCAAAUCAUCUGGCUCUAGGCUCAAGACCCGCCCAUCUAACACACCGUCAGAUCUCAUGGCAAUGCGUGAGCUUCGACGACACGUUAGUGGCGAAACUCACUCUAUCCCUCCCAUACCAGAGCGACACCGCAAUCGUCCAUCACUCAGCCUGGAUCGCGAACUUGAACCACCGGCUGAUUCCGAACCAGGUGUGGAGAGGCAUCCUAGCUUCCACAAGAGAUCUCUCACUUUGGACAUUGGUAACGAUGGCGGACUGAGCCUCGACCAGGACUUUGAUCGAGUUAUCGAAGCCCAAAAGCGUGGCUACUUGAUGAGACAAAACACCAAACUGAUUGUUGCUUCAAGCAAUGAUGAUAUGGGGGAUGCCUUCCACGGAACUAGAUCUGCUGGGAAUUCUCCUGUGAAGAAGGACCGCCCUCAAUCGUGGACUGUUGAACCUUGGAAUGGUAACAUGCGAAAGAACAGCAUGCGUGAUAGAUCAAACGCUCGCAAGAAGGUUCCAUCCGGACCUAUGCCUCCAAUGCCCGGUCAGGACAGUAACGUCGCAGGUUUGGGCAUCGUGUCUGAAGAAGCCAUGGCGGAUCCAGUUCCCGAAGAAGGAGGCGAGAGAGGACGACUGUUCGUCAAGGUCAUUGGUGUCAAGGAUCUUGAUCUACCUUUACCAAAGAAUGAACAAACAUGGUUUAGUCUAACUCUUGAUAACGGAGUCCACUGUGUUACUACAGCAUGGCUUGAACUUGGAAGAAAUGCUCCAAUCGGCCAGGAGUUCGAACUAGUGGUGCCUAGUGAGCUCGAAUUCCAACUGACUCUCAAUGCCAAGUUGGUCAAGCCUCCUCCAUCUCGAGUCACCGAAUCGCCCACCAAGAUGCACAAGGCACAAAAGCCAUCGACUUUCAGCCGAGUAUUCGCAUCGCCUAAGAAGCGCAAAGAGCUAGAGAUGAGACAAAAGGAAGAGGAGCAGCGAGUCGCUCAACAGAAUCAACGCGAAGCGCAAGCCAAACGAAUGUCGGUUCAACCUACCGCAUGGGAUCUUCUGUCUCCUCUCGCUGCCGAAGACGGAAGCUUUGGUCGAUCCUAUGUAUGCCUUAAGGACCAUGAGUCUCGCUGCUACGGGCGUCCGUAUGUUGUUGAUGUUGCAUGCUUCAACGAAUGGGCAACUGAAGAGGCAUCCCACCGAUCAAGUGUUAUGAGCAAGCGCGGAAACACUAGUGUUCAACGACGAGCCCCAUACAAGGUUGCAAAGCUUGAGUUGCAGCUUCUCUUCGUGCCGAAGCCCAAGGGCGCCGCCGAUGAGGACAUGCCAAAGAGCAUGAAUUCCUGCAUCCGGGAAAUGAAGGAAGCCGAGACAGCUCAGGCUCGCAACUUCGAAGGUCAUCUUAGUCAACAGGGUGGCGAUUGUCCUUACUGGCGCCGCCGUUUCUUCAAGCUCGCUGGUAGCAAGCUGACCGCCUACCACGAGUCCACCCGCCAGCCUCGUGCCACUAUCAAUCUUGCCAAUGCUAGCAAGUUGAUCGACGAUCGCCGCGCGCUGACACAGAAGGAGACAACUGGUAAAGGCGGGAAGCGCCGCAAAUCAGGCUUCGCAGAAGAAGAGGAAGGAUACAUGUUUGUUGAAGAAGGAUUCCGCAUCCGAUUCAAUAAUGGAGAAGUCAUCGACUUUUACGCGGACACAGCUGCCGACAAAGAAGGCUGGAUGCAAGUUCUUGAUGGUUGCAUCGGCAAGGAGCAUAGUGCCAAGGGCAGCUGGUGUGAUAUGGUAUUGAAGCGUGAGGAGAGUAUGAAAAAGAAGGCCGAGCAAGGAACCACCAGGAAAACCUCGAGAAAUCAUCAGCGAACGAAGAGCACCGUCUUUUGA